CCCAUCCUGUAGCCAGUCAACAGCUAUCACCGUGUCUCACAGUAAAUGCAGUCGUGUACCUACACGUUUUUCCAGGCAUUACCGACCAACUAUUAAUGUCCUGAUCCAGACAUAAAGAUGGCCUCUCCUCAGCCUGGCAGCCCACCUCUUGCAGAGCAAUACACCCCUCCUGCACAGGACGAAGAGAGCCGACAAGAGGAAGAGCUGGUGAGGGAUCAGCCUGCAAAAAAACGUGGCAGAGGCAGGCCUCCGAAAGCCAAGCCUCCCUUCAAAUGCUCUGCAUGCACAGAGGCUUUCAGGAGUCUGUCAGCUCUGCGGAGCCACAAGCUCUCUGCGCAUGGGAAGGAACGUCAGCAGCAACACCCGUGUUCUCAGUGUGCUAAAACGUUCUCCAGCAAAGCUCAGCUCUCAAAGCACGAGCGCACUCACUCAGCCCAGCGCCCCUUUCAGUGUCCCGACUGUCACAAGGCCUACAAGACGCCCACAGAGCUACGCAACCAUAGCCGCUCUCACACCGGGGAGAAACCUUUCGUAUGCACAGAGUGCGGUAAGGCCUUUAUGCAAGCUAUAUGCCUGAGGAUCCAUAUGACACAGCACAGUGGAGAGCGCCCUUACUCCUGCCGCCAGUGCUCUAAGAGCUACCCCACCCUGUCUAAACUAAAGGUGCACAUGCGCUCUCACACGGGAGAAAAGCCAUACUUCUGCGGUGAGUGCGGUAAGAGUUUUGCAGACCCCUCUGUGUUCAGAAAACACAGAAGGAACCACCAGGGCCAUCGGCCAUACGCUUGCGACGAGUGUGGGAAAACGUACACGGAGCUAAAGGACCUGAAAAACCACGAGCGCUCCCACACUGGAGAAAAACCAUUCCUGUGCUCAGACUGUGGCAAAGCCUUCUCCCGCUCCUCCUCCCUGGCCUGCCAUCAGCGCAUUCACUCGCAGAAUAAACCCUAUCAGUGCGAGCAGUGUGGCAAGGGCUUCACCCAGCUGUCCUCCUACCAGUCUCAUCUCCGCACUCACUCUGGCGAGAAGCCGUUCCUCUGCCCUCAGUGCGGCAAGAUGUUUUCCGACCCCUCCAGUUUCCGUCGCCACCAGCGAGCCCACCUGGGUUUCAAGCCCUACCCCUGCGAUAAGUGCUCCAAGAGGUUCCGACAGCCGGCUGAUCUGGCCGUGCAUGAACGCGUUCACUCUGGAGAGCGGCCCUACAAAUGCCAGAGCUGUGACAAGGCCUUCGUAGCGUCCUGGGACCUGCGGCGCCACAUGCUUGUCCACACAGGUCUCAGGCCCUUUUCCUGCACUGAGUGCGACAAGUCAUUUGCCGAACGCUCCAGCCUCAACAAGCACCGUCGAGUGCACUCCGGAGAGAGGCCUUUCAAAUGCGAGGAGUGUUUGAAGUCAUUCGUGGUGUCUUCAAGCCUGCGCAAACACGAGAGAACUCACCUGGCUGAGCACUCAGACCAGCAGCAGCAGCAGCAGCAGCAACAGGAGACAGAGUCCGGGUCAGCCUCAGGAUUUACUGCCCACACAACCUUACCUCAGUUCUCCUGUACACACUGCGAUGCUACGUUCGGAAGCUGGGAUGAAGUUCAGACGCACGAAAAUCUUCACUCCAUCGACUCCGCCCCUCCGAUCACCAAGAUCGUGCCGCUGGGCUCGCACGUCUGUGAAACCUGCCAGGCAGAGUUUGCACAGCUGGCAGACCUGCAGGAGCAUGAGAAGCAGCAUCCCAAGCCGAGGCCUCAUGUCUGCAACAGCUGCGGCAAAGGCUUCCUCAACAAAUCUGGGCUGCGUAAACACCAGAAGAUCCACUCCACCAGCAAACCUCACAGCUGCCCCCACUGUGGCAAAGCUUUUCUGUUUGCCGCCUACCUUCGCAAGCACUUACGGACUCAUGCGGACGCCGCCUCGGCCGCCCCACAGCUCACGGACAUAAACAUUAUUCACACUGACCCGCUUCCCUCUCCUCCGCCCCCCAGUGAGGUUUCCCCCUCCACUGUUGAACCCAGCACCAUAUCCCUGACGGUCCCAGUGACUGUACCUGUGACUGCUUUCCAGACGCUGCCAGAGUACUUAGUGAAAGAAGAGGGUCUUUAAGCGUUUUCUUUUUACUCUUCUGGGAUUUUUAUUCCACAAAUAUUUAGCCAGUGGCCUUAAAUCUUUUUAGAUGAUGGGUCUGAUUUUGACAAACGUGUCAUUUUUCGGUUCAGAGCAGAGUUUCCUCCAUGUAAAUUUUGAGGGCUUUGUCACAUAUUUGAAAGAUGUUACGUAUGUAGUUCAUGUUUUAAAAUAUAUCCUGUACUAUAAGUAGCCUACUAUGAAACUGUCUGUCGUGACCUCUUCAUGAAAACGUGGCGUUGCAAACAUUUAAGCUGAUCACUUAAAAGUCUCACUUGAAAUGUCGUGAUUUCAGAUAAACAUGUUUUUAUCAUACGUUUUUAAUUACAGCUUGUCUUAAAUUCUUUGCAUACUUUGGAUCUACAUUUCGGUGGAACAAACCAUUUGUAACUGUUUUACUGUGUAUUAAAAGCAUCUAAUUAUGGUAUAAAUUGUUGAGGGGAAAAAAAAGGCAGUGGUGUUCCAAGAUAUUCAGAGGAAUUCAAUUUUUAUACCAAUAAAAUUGUGUAAU